GUGCGCCAGGUCCAAGUUUCAUGGGCCCCUGUAGGCCCCCAUUGCUGCUGUCUCCAUCGCCCACCUGCCUGUCCCACUUUCAGGUCUUCUUCACACUGCGUUUUUGGUCAAUUUGUGUUUUUGGUGUGGCAGUUUACGGGCCCCCAUGCUGCUGCCGGGCCCCCUAAUCGCCAGGGCCCCCCUUACCCCCUCCUUGCUGCUCCCAGGUCCAGAGUCUCUCAUGGGUCCUGUACGGCCUCCCCUUUGCUGCUGUCUCCAUCGACCACACUCUGCCAUGUGCCACUUUCAGGUAUCCUCACACUGCUGGUGUGUUCCAUUUUUUGU